UCCGACUUGCUGAUUCUUUGAACGCUGCACGUGUAUAACUACAACCAGUUAGCAAGUCUGACAUUUCCUAAUUCCGACUAACACUUCAAUGCAGCAUAAGAUUAAUAUGAAACAAUGUGACAUCAAAUUUAAGUUCUGUAUGGUCAACAUACAGUAGGCAAUAACAUGUAGCCUAAUGAUACAUUUAAGAUUGGUAAAAUUAGCCCAUAGGCCUAUUCAUAAAUCCAAUAUAUAUGUAGGUAGUGGACUGCCCACCGUUUUUAUUUGCCAGCUAGGUUUCCAUCCAAUUGGCGACAGAUUUUCAUGUCAAUAUUCUAAAAUCCGCAUAAAAACAAUUUUCCCCACCUGAGACAUUUCCAUGAUAUUGACCUGUUGCGGAUAAAAAGGCUGUGCGUGAUGACGUAGUGCACAUAACUUUUUGCCAAUGUACAGAAUACAAUUUCAAUGGGUUUCUCUACUGAUGGUUUGCGUUGUAGACCUAUUGCGAAUGCGCACUUUGGUCUUGCCACAUGCGCUUUAAUCAACAGCUAGCAAAUAUGGUGCGGGUAGGAUAGCCUACAUGAGAAUAUUAUAUAUAUUCAAAAGACAGCCAAGCGUCGAUCAUGUCUCCAGAAUAAGAUGCUCGAUAUUUAUUGGAAAGUAGCAUCGAUCACCGCGUGCACUUUAACCACCUUGUGAAGUUAAAACUUAUCUGUAACUUAAUCUGUAGCCUAAAAACUGAAUUUUUUCAGAGUCGUAGUGGGAGGACCACACAACAUAUCGUAUAACUAAGUUUACUUCGAUAUGAUUCGUAUAUCAAUAUUUUCGCAUAAAGCCAAGGCGUUUCCAUCGCCAUUUCUCGCAUCAUUCAUUUUAUCGACCGUCUGGUGUGUGUUGUCGACAUUUGGAAAGUUUACCGACAAAUGUGUUGUUAUCCGGCCUAUCGUGAAAUGUUUUAUCAGACAUACUUUACACUCAUAAAAUUGUUGGAUGGUAACUUGGUUAUAGUAACGUGCUGGCGCGACAUGCCCUCAUGAGCCUUUCCCAUCUAAACACGCCCUCUCCUAACGUCACAUGGAUUGGGUCUUGAGUGUAGUUGCGUUACGCCAGCACAACACGGCAGCUGCAGCAAUGCUAGAAUUGUGUCAAAAUAAGAGUCCUCUACUACGAGAGACUGUCCGACCCUCCCUCACUCUAAUGGGCCCACACUUUUUAAAUUUGGUGAAGAUGAUUACGAUGUAGAUUAGCAUGAUGUGGGAAAAUGCAAAUAAAGACUAGGAUGAGUGAUGAAGUUGAAGAAGAAUGAAGAGGGUGGAUGAAGAAAAAUGUUUUACAUGUACUUUUCUGUGUGGAGCACUUUUAUUUGGAAGGCUCUUGCCUUUUUGCUGCUAGGUUCACAUAGGUUACAGAGUAGCCUGUAUUCUGUACAUAAUGAAAUUACAAGAUUGGACAAGCAAAGGUUUACCUCUUCGACCCAAAAGUAGCCAAAGUGUUUUCAAGGGAGUCAUGACUUUGAACUCCGUAGGGGCCUGUUGCCUCAGCGAAGAAGGAAAGGAGGCUCGGCGGAUCAACGACGAGAUCGAAAGGCAGCUUCGCCGGGACAAGAAAGACUCGAACCGCGAAUUCAAGCUGUUGCUUCUCGGGACUGGUGAGAGUGGGAAGAGUACCUUCAUCAAGCAGAUGAGGAUCAUCCAUGGGACGGGCUACUCCGAGGACGACAAGCGAGGCUUCACCAAGCUGGUGUACCAGAACAUCUUCACCGCCAUGCAGACCAUGGUCCAUGCUAUGGAGACCCUGCAGAUCCCCUACAAGUGUGAAGGCAACCAGGGCCAUGCAAAUAUUGUCAUUGAAGUGGACGUGGAGAAGAUCACGUUUACAAAUCCGUACAUUGACGCCAUUAAGAGUCUAUGGAAUGACCCAGGGAUCCAGGAAUGCUAUGAUCGGAAGAGGGAAUACCAGCUCUCAGACUCUGCCAAAUACUACCUGAAUUCACUGGACCGUAUAGCUGAGUCAUCUUAUGUGCCGACCCAGCAGGAUGUGCUCAGGGUCCGGGUCCCCACCACAGGCAUCAUCGAGUACCCCUUUGACCUCCAGAGUGUGGUCUUCAGGAUGGUGGAUGUGGGUGGCCAGAGGUCCGAGAGACGGAAAUGGAUACACUGCUUUGAGAAUGUCACCUCCAUCAUGUUCCUGGUGGCUCUCAGUGAAUAUGACCAGGUCCUGGUGGAGUCUGACAAUGAGAAUCGAAUGGAGGAAAGCAAAGCAUUGUUCAGGACAAUAAUAACCUACCCAUGGUUUAAAGAUUCCUCAAUCAUACUAUUCUUAAAUAAGAUUGACUUAUUGCAGGAGAAAAUCUUGUUCUCACAUCUGGUGGAUUACUUCCCUGAAUAUGAUGGACCCCAGCAGGACCCACAGGCAGGAAGAGAAUUCAUCUUGAAGAUGUUUCUGGACCUGAAUCCAGAUAGCGAUAAAAUCAUCUAUUCCCACUUCACCUGUGCCACCGACACGGAGAACAUUCGAUUUGUCUUCGCCGCUGUCAAGGACUUCAUCCUGCAGCUGAAUCUAAAGGAGUACAACCUGGUUUAAAGACUCCAGCCGACAGCAGUUACAGACUUUUAAUGCAAUCUGCUCCAACAGCUGCAGCCAGAGACCAGGGCCCGGAGCCAUAGUACAAACUUCUUCAGUAUGACUGGUUGUCUUCCACUACGGUGAAACCCUACUACCCACAAUGGGAGUUGAAGACUGCAUCUACAGAGCAUUUCCAUAAAUGGCUGGAUUAUUACCAAUGGAUUUCAACUGCUCACUACUGCAUUUUGUUUUAAAUGGGCAUCUUUGAUUUUGUUCACGAGGUGUGUCAUGAUGAUGAAUAAUACUGUGCCUUUUUGAGGAAAGAUGAUUCUGGUGUACAUUGAGAGUUAUUAGGAACUCUUUGUAAAUCAUUCAAAACACAUUAUAACAGUGUAAACACACUUCAGAUGAGAGUUAAAGUGCUUUGAUGUGCCACCUGUCUCUCUGAGGACUGUUGACCCAUGGCUCUCUUGUCAGAGAAUGUCUGGUUGACAUUUAGAUAACUGCUAUGCAGCUCUACACCUUCUAUCCUCCAGCGGGUCACAGUCGCAGUCUAUACAUUGUUUACGUAUUUAAAUGAGUAGUCAUUCUCUGGGUCAGAGGAUAGAAUAAACAAUCAUAAUCAUCACCUAGGACGCGUAACCUAGCAUACAGGUAUUAUUUGCACAAUUGACACAUUUUGUUGUUUUUCUAUUGGUGUAUACAUUGUAAGUGGGGCUUAUGUGUUGCCAAAAUAGUAUUACCUCUAUUGACUGAAUAACCUGUACUGAAGUGUGAAAUCGGAAGCUGUACCACCACAUUUUUAGCUGAAAUGUGUUUGACUAUCAACACUUUGCAGUUGUAAUACUGUACACGUCAACUACCAGUGUUUAUAACAUAACUAUAUUUGCCCCCAGAGCAUCAUGAUACUGUUCCUCAUCUAAUAAGGGAAUGUUAUCCACUUAGACAAGGUCUAUCGUUGAUCCGUAACAUUGCCUUUUGUCGGUCCUUUGUACUCUCCGUGGAGAUGUACUGUAUUGCUUUGGCACCGUUUCAGUUCAGGGACGACUUUGAUUAGCAUUAUUGAGUCACUCUGGUUUCAAGAUCAUUUGUGAAAAGGGCUGAAAAUGAUUCCCCAUAUUGUGUGUGUGUCUCUCUCUCUCUAUAUAUAUAUAUAUAUAUAUAUAUAUUGCACUUUGUAAAUACAAACUGGUACAGUGACUUCCUGUGUGUUCUCUUGUUUCAAGGCCCUGUAAAAUGAAAAGUGUUGUAAUUCUUACCUGCUGAAUGAGAACGUUGGGUCCAAUGACCUGCUUUGAACACAGGCGUUCAUUUCUUGAAUCAUAUUUAUAUAUGUAAUAUGAGAGUACAAAUAAAUCCUAAUCAGAAGGUUCUCUGCACUAUUUAAUUUGUGUCAAUCAAUCUGUCGUUACGUGCCAUUUUUAAAGUCUGUUGAAAAUAAAGCAUAUAUAUUUUGCUUUUUUGUCAAAUUAUUUUUGGAGCAAUGUACAUGUU